UUUACCCCGCAGUCAUGGUGCCGACUUCCGGGUAAAUACCAUAACAACAGUGUGACUCUUGGAAGAACCUCACCUGUCCUGGACUCUGUGACCGUCUUCACGCCGAGUUAUGUCACAAAACCAUGCGGACAUUUCUUGCUAAACACACGUAAAUGCUCCACAUUCACUUCCUUGAGAGAUGGCUGGGAUUCAUAUCCUACGAACUUCACGACUGAGGUCAACACUCAGAUAUCUGAGCCGUUUCAGCUCCAUCUCUUUGACAGCCAGACCCACAACCUUGUCUGUGAACCUCUGCAGUCGUUUUCUGUCCUGCAGCCACAGGCAUCAGGUGCAUGCUGGGAAUGAUGGACAGAAGGUGUCUCCUUCUGCAGCUCCACAGAGGCUGUCUUUCUCCAGAUUGACUCAGGAUGAUUUGGCCUUUUUCAAGAAGGUCCUACCAGGAAGGACGGUCACUGACCCAGAUCUGCUGGAGUCCAGUAAUGUUGACUGGCUAAAAUCGGUGAAAGGAUCUAGUGAGGUGUUGUUGAGACCUGAAACGACAGAGGAAGUCUCUCAGAUUCUUAGUUAUUGUUACAGUCGCAACUUGGCCAUUACCCCUCAAGGUGGCAACACUGGGCUGGUGGGGGGGAGCGUUCCAGUCUAUGAUGAGAUUAUUCUCUCUACUGCUCAGAUGAAUAAAAUCCUUGGCUUUGACAGCGUCUCUGGUAUUCUGAGCUGCCAGGCAGGCUGUGUCCUGGAGAACUUGUCUCUGUAUCUGGAGGAAAGAGACUUCAUCAUGCCUCUGGAUCUGGGUUCUAAAGGAAGCUGCCAAAUUGGAGGAAAUAUUGCCACUAAUGCUGGUGGACUGCGGCUGCUGAGAUACGGCUCCUUACGAGGAACUGUUCUGGGUCUGGAGGUGGUGUUGGCAGAUGGGCGUGUGCUGGACUGUCUGAACAAGCUGAGGAAAGACAACACAGGCUACGACCUCAAACAGCUGUUUAUUGGCUCAGAGGGAACGCUGGGCGUCAUCACAGCAGUGUCCAUCCUUUGUCCUCCAAAACCCAAAUCUGUCAACGUGGUUUUCCUGGGCUGUGAGAGCUUCCAGAAGCUCCUGCAGACGUUUCAGCUCUGCAAAGGCAUGCUGGGAGAAAUCCUCUCAGCUUUUGAGUUCCUGGACAGUGAAUGUAUGAGGCUGCUGAACACACACCUGAAAUUAGCCAAUCCUAUCUCAGAUUGUCCAUUUUACAUCGUCAUUGAAACCUCGGGGUCGGACUCGACACACGACGAAGAAAAAUUGCACAACUUUUUGGAGAAAGCGAUGACAUCAUCGCUGGUCGCCGAUGGAACUGUGGCAACUGAGGACGCGAAAAUGAAGACCCUGUGGUCCAUGCGUGAACGUGUCACUGAGGCUCUGACCCACGAGGGCUUCACCUACAAGUACGACAUCUCACUUCCUGUUGAGCAGAUCUACCAGCUGGUCACAGACAUGAGGUCACACCUGGGGACCCAGGCCAAGAGCGUGGUGGGAUAUGGACACGUCGGGGAUGGAAACGUCCACUUAAACGUCACUUCACCAGCCAAAGACCCCGCUCUCCUCGCCUCCAUCGAGCCUUUUGUCUACGAGUGGACGGCCCAGCGUCAGGGCAGCAUCAGUGCUGAGCACGGACUGGGGCUGAAGAAGAGGAACUGCAUCUACUACAGUAAAGGCCGUCCAGCUGUGGCCCUCAUGGGGGACAUCAAGGCCAUGCUGGAUCCCAAAGGCAUUCUGAACCCGUACAAGACCCUACCAGACGAUGUCAGAUGACCCACAGAUGAGUCACAGCUCACGGGUCUCGGUGUGCGAUGGCCGGUUUCCCCUCGGUGCCGAAGAUCUCCGUGUGCAGGUGAACGAGGCCGCACGCUAUCGACGCCGCCAUCGCCAGACCCUCUGUUGUUUCCACGGCGACUCGUUGCAAGUAGUCAUAAAG